AUGGCUUCAACCAGUACCAAAGCCUCGUCCUCUUCUUCCAAGCUCCCACACAAGCAUGAUGUAUUUUUGAAUUUUAGAGGGGGAGAUACCCGUACGAAUUUUGUCGAUCAUCUUUAUGCAGGUUUAGUUGCACAUGGAUUUCAUACAUUUAGAGAUGAUGAGCAACUUGAACGUGGAGGGGAGAUUUCAUCUCAACUCGUAGAUGCUAUUAAAGAAUCACAUAUUUUUGUAGUAGUUUUCUCUGAGAACUAUGCUGAUUCCCGAUGGUGUUUAAAUGAAUUACUGGCUAUUAUUGAGUCAAUUGCAAGCGAUGAUAGCAGAAUUGUUUUGCCGAUUUUCUAUCAUGUGGAUCCUUCAGAUGUACGACAUCAGACGGGAAGUUAUGCCACAAGGUAUACUUCUCCUGAUGAAGACGCAGACGAGGAGAAAGUUGAGAUGAUAAAGAAGUGGAGAAAUGCUUUGACUCUAGCAGCCAAUUUGACUGGAUAUCAUGUGGACCCAAAUAUACAUGAAUCCCAGGUUCUUGAAGAGAUUAUUAGUUAUAUUUCAUCUUGCAUAAAUCGUGUACCUUUACAUGUCGGCACACACCUGGUUGGAGUGGAUAUACGUCUGGAUGAAAUAAUGAACUUGAUGAGCAUUAGGUCAAAAGAUGUUCUCAUGGUGGGGAUAUGUGGACUGGGUGGAGUAGGCAAGUCCACAAUGGUUAAAGCUAUUUAUAAUGAACUCUCUUAUCAAUUUAAGAGCAAAAGCUUUCUGGACAAAGUUGGAGACGCUUCCAAACACUAUGAUGGUCUACUGGAUUUGCAAAAGCAACUUUUUUGUGAUAUCUCACCCAGAGGAAAACGAAAAAUAAGCACUCUUGCUGAAGGAAUUAAUGUUUUAAAGAACAUACUUUGCCAUGAAAAGGUCCUUCUUGUCAUUGAUGAUGUGAAUAAUAAGGAGCAAUUAGAAAACUUAGCUGGAGGACAUGAUUGGUUUGAUGAAGGAAGUAGAAUUUUUAUAACAUCUAGAGAUAAACGUUUGCUGGUUGCACACAAAGUGGAUGAAUUAUAUGAGCUUUCACAAUUAAACUGGGACGAAGCUCUUGAACUCUUCAGUUGGCAUGCUUUUGAUCAAAGACUUCCAUAUGAUGAUUUUUAUACUCUUUCCAAUCAUUUUGUGCGGUAUUGUCAAGGUCUUCCCUUUGCUCUCAAAACAUUGGGUUCUUUUCUAUUCAAAAUGCAACCCGAUGAAUGGAAAAGUGAGUUACGUAAACUUGAUGAAGAACCUAACAUAGAUGUUUUAGAUGUGCUUAAAGUAAGUUUAGAUGGACUACAAGAUACUCAUAAGGCAAUAUUCCUUGACAUUGCAUGUUUCUUUAAAGGAGAGUAUAAAGAUUUUAUUAUAAAAAUACUAGAUGGUUGUGGUUUUCAUGCGGAGAGUGGAAUAAGAUUUCUCAAAAAUAGGUGUCUUCUAACAAUUUCAAAUGGAAAGGUUGGCAUGCAUAAUUUGAUUCAACAAUUGGGUCAUAAAAUAGUGCAUGAUGAAGGUCUCAGGAACAAAGGUAUGCGCAGCCGAUUGUGGCAUCAUAUGGAUGUACAAGAUGUAUUGAAGAAAAGGACGGGGACCAAUUCAAUUGAAGGCAUAUUCCUAAAUUUAUCGAAACUAAACAACAUAAAUUUAACUACUCAAGCAAUGAAAGGGAUGACUGAACUUCGAUUGCUCAAAAUUUUCUUGGAUUCUGAAGUUGUUUCUGGUGAAGAGGAUUACAAAGUGUGCAUUUCUAGUGAUUUCGAAUUUCCUUCAUGGGAUUUAUGCUAUCUCUAUUGGCAUGGGUACCCUUUGAAUUCUUUGCCAUCAAAUUUUGAGACUCAGAAACUAGUGGAACUCAACAUGCCGUAUAGCAACAUAAGAGAAUUUGGGGAAGGGAAUAUGGUUCAGUUUUCCAAACUAACAGCCAUCAUUCUCAGUCACUCUAAAUACCUCAGAGAAGUCUCAAACUUUUCCAGCACUCCAAAUUUGGAGAAACUAAUUCUUGAAGGUUGUACAAGCUUGCGCGAGAUUGACCCGUCUAUUGGAGAUCUGAAAAGGCUUGGUUUGUUAGAUUUGAAAGAGUGCAAGUCACUGGGUAGUCUUCCAGACAGCAUCUGCAGCUUGAAAUCUCUUAAAACUCUUUAUCUUAGUGGCUGUUCAAAACUCAACUGUUUGCCCAAAGACUUGGGAAACAUGGAACAUCUAACUGAGCUUUAUGCAGAUAGAACAGCUACAGGAGUGCCCCCUCGUGCAAUUCGUCGUUUAAGUGAACUUCAAAUACUGUCCUUGAGUGGAUGUACAGGAAGAAGAGCUUACCUAUCAUCGCAUUCUUUACUAGGUUUAUCCUUAAGGGAAUUAAAUCUAAGUGAUUGUUAUUGGUGGGAUGCAGAUAUACCCUGCGAUUUUUGGUUCUUAUAUUCAUUGGAAAAGUUAAAUUUGAGUGGAAACGAUUUUACAGAGGUGCCAACAACAAUCAAAUAUUUUCCAAGGCUAAAAGUUCUUGUGUUGGGGCGUUGCAAGAGGCUCCGAGAAAUUCCGAAAUUACCACGAUGUCUGGAAGAACUGGAUGCACACGAAUGCGUAUCCCUGCAAACGGAUACACGAACUUCCUGGGCUUCAUCAAGUGAUGUUGUGGAAGUUGUGGAAGCUACCUCACGGAUGAUGAUGAUGUCACUGGACAAAACUAUAUUAGUGAGGAUUCAGGAAAUGGGAUCUUCACUAACAAUGGAGCUGCCUUCAGAUUGGUACGACCCUGACAACUUCCUGGGAUUUUGUGUAUGCUUUGUCUUUGCUUUCAAGGAUCAACUGCCUCAGAUCCACGACGACAUAUUAUGUCAGUUGAACAAUUUUUCAUUUUUCUACCCCUACUGGGGCAAGUGGAGUGGUGAGCAUUCAUCAAAUGAUCCCCACAUGUGGUUGGCAUAUCAACCACGCUCUUCAGUCGAUAUUUGCCACCCUGAGGCAUGGAGUAGCAUUCGGGCUUCCUUUGAACUGUCUGGUGUGAUUGAUGCGUUGUCGAUAAAGUGUGGCUGUGGAGUCAAUGGAAAGGUGUGCAGAAGACGCUCAUGGAAAGGGAUCACGCCGGUUUUGGAAGGGUGGAUUCAGGAUGAGAAAGGCAGCCACACCAUUGGGAGCAAUUCCGGAACAGCCGCACCAGUGAAGGAAGGAAAGAAAGCUGGGUUUCAGACACUUUCGGGUCUAGUUCCUCUCAUCAGAGACACCACAACCGCACCAGCUUGUCAGUCCCGCCACUUAAACACCACAGCCACACCAGAUUUUUAA